AUGUCUGUGCACUAUAAAUUCAAAAGUGCACUGGAUUAUGACACAGUUACAUUUGAUGGACUACACAUUUCAGUAGGUGACUUGAAGGCUGCUAUUUCACAGCAAAAGAGGAUAGGAAAAACUUCAGACUUUGAUCUUCAAAUAACGAAUGCUCAGACAAAAGAAGUAUAUGUGGAUGACAACACAUUAAUUCCUAAGAACACAUCACUUCUUGUUGCCCGAGUGCCACUCUCACAGCAACCAAAAAAACAGUGGGAAGGAUCAAAUAAUAGUCAAUCUUCACUCCAUAAAGAUGUAUCUGUCAACAAAGGUUUGGCUGAUCUAUCUCGCAUGGAGGGUAGCGAGCAGGAUAAAAUUAAUGCAAUGAUAUCGCAGUCUACAUUUGACUAUGAUCCUAGCAAUUACCAAAAAAUUAGAGGACAGAAUCAAAGAGGAGCUGUUCCAUCUAAUUAUAUUUGCUACAAGUGCCAGAAGAAAGGUCAUUGGAUAAAAGACUGUCCAGCUGCAACUUCUGGUGAUCCUAUAGAAAUAAGAAGAAGUACGGGAAUACCUCGAAGUUUUAUGGUUCCAGUUGAUGGUCCAAAAGCACCUGGAGCCAUGAUGACCCCAAGUGGAACUUUCGCUGUUCCCGCAGUUGACCAUGAGGCAUACCUUGCCUCUGAGAGUGCAGGAGGAGCCGACACUCCCAGCAAUGCACCAGUUGCCCCUGAGCCUACAAUCCCUGAUGAAUUGAUAUGCAGUCUUUGCAGGGAUUUACUUACUGAUGCUGUAAUGAUACCCUGCUGUGGCAACUCCUUUUGUGAUGAAUGUAUUAGGGGAGCUUUAUUGGAGUCUGAAGACCAUGAGUGUCCUGACUGCAGAGAAAAAGAAAUAGCGCCUACAACUUUAAUUCCUAACAGGUUUUUAAGAAACUCGGUGUCUGCUUUUCGUAAUCAGACUGGGUACAGUCGGCGAACACCGCACCGACCGUCGGCAGCACCUCCUGUCAUGGAACCUCCGCCGGUAGUACAACCACCACCUAUAAAUGGACCGAUGCAGCCAGCCCCACCUAAUAAUGUAGACACGGGCGCGUCGGGGAGCGGCCGCAACGAACGCGACCUUCGAGACGCUCGUGACGCUCGAGACGUGCGCGGCGAGCGCGGCCCCCGAGACGCCCGUGACUCUCGAGACACUCGUGACUCACGAGACCGUCUCGACCGUCGGCGCGGGCGCGGGCGCGCGCGCUCGGGCCGGCGCGGCGAGGAGUCGGACGGCUCGGCCGACGACGACGUGACGGUGACGGUGCCGCCCGCGCACGCGCACCGCCCGCCCGCGCCGCCCGCGCCGCGCUACGGUCCCCCUCCCGGAAUAAAACCUCCUGGCAUGGAGGGCCCACACGUAAAUAUGCCGAGAAUUGACGAGCAGCGCGCCAGCACUCCUACAAUCGAUGAACGCAGGGACCCUAUGUCUUCACAAGUUCUGUACAACCGCGGACCGCCGCCAUAUAUGCCAAGUGUGCCACCGCCUUCACAUUUCAACGCGGGCUUCGGGCGCGCGGCCGCGUACGAGCGCUUCCCGCCCGAGCCGUUCCAGCCGCCGCCGCCUGGCAUCAAGGACUCCCCCGGCGGACACGAGGAUCCCCUGGAAGCGUUCAACAGGAUGAUCCGUGAAAAGGAGAUGCGAGCGAAGCGGCGCGAGGAGCGUCGCAGAGCGCACUCGGGGUCGCGCAGCCCGUCGCGCUCGCGCACGCCGCGCUCGCCGCGCUCGCCCCGCUCGCCUCGCUCACCCCGCUCGCCGCGCUCGCAGCGCUCGCCGCGCUCGCAGCGCUCACCGCGCUCGCCGCGCUCGCCGAGGGCACGCCCGCGCAGUCGGGCCUCGAGCAGGAUCAGAUAUUCUAGAUCGCGAUCUAUAUCGCGAGGACGCUUGCGACGCUCGCCGUGGUCCCCUCGACGACGACGCACUCGUGAUAGAACUUUGUCUUUGACACGAUCGCCGUCCCCGCGCCGGCGCCACCGCUCGCCGCUGCGCUACCGCUCGCCGCUGCGCUCGCCGCGCUCGCCGCGCUCGCCGCGCUCGCCGCCGCGCCCGCUCAUGUCGCUGGCGCCGCUCGCGCCGCCGUCGCCGGCGCGCUCGCCGCGCCGCGCCGACCUGCGCUCCUCGCCGAGACCCAUAUCGCCGCACAGAUACCCGGGAGUGUACGACGAACUGUUGUCGCCGCCGCGCCGAAGCGUAGAGCCGCCGUUCGGAGCCAGAUAUCCUCCUAGGAAUAACGGCCCCCCACCUGGAUACCCUCCUAUCGGUGGCAAACCCGUACCACCAUUGAUUCCACCACAAAAUGAACCUCCUCCUGGAUACCGAGGACGAUUUGAUGCUCCACCAUUUGAAGAUAUUCCCCCUGGAGUUGAACCACCAGUUCCUGGAUUUGAGCCGUCUCCGUUUGAAAAACCAAUUUUCGGCCUUUCUGGACCAAUGGAGCGUGAUAGAUUGCUUCCACCUAAUUUCAGAGAUCCUUAUAGGGCACCUUAUAAUGAGGGACCUGGUCCUGUAUAUAGAGACGUUCCGGGAAUUCCACCAGUUCAAAAUGAUAUACCUCCACAUAUAGUGGAUCAUCCCCAACGCUACAGAGAUAACUUUAGGCCGCCAGGUCAUUCAUUUCGAGAUCAAGGACCUGUUCCUUUCAGGGAUGGACAAACAUUUCGAGAUCCCGGUCAGCAAACUUCUUAUCGUGAUGGUAACUUUGGAAGGAAUGGACCACCUCCACUAUUCAGAGAUAAUAAUUAUAGAAAUAAUAUGUUUAGAGAAGGUAACUUUCGCGAAAAUAUGCCCCAUAACUUUCGGGAAGGUGGUGUACCAUAUAGAGCUCCUAGUGCCGAUGCUAGGGAACCUAAUGCAGCGCCUUAUCACGAUUCUACUUAUAGGGAAGGGUAUCGCGAAGAAACGAAUCCAAAUAGAGAGAUGAGGUCUGGCUAUCGUUCUAACACACGUAAUCGACAAGGAUCUAGACGAAAUCCUAAUACAGAGCAUGACAGACAUAGAGAUGGCAGGGAGCGCGAACGCUUUAACGAAAAUCGCGAUCAAUCUGAUAGAAAUGAACGACCGCGAGAUGUUGACAAGCGGUCAGGUUUUGAAAAAGGUCGAGAACCGAGAGAUGAUCGAAUGCGAGACUACGAAAGAAAUCGAGAUGAUAAAGAAAGAGAAAAUAGAGUUCACGAUAAAUCGUCACCAGAAAAGAAGCUACGCACAUCACCUAAACGUGGCCGAGAAGUACGUGAGCAAAAACGUAGUGAUUCCAGAGGACGAUCUCGUGAUCGUGACAAUAGACGGGAAAAGAAAGAAGAAAGAGUACGUGAUAAGUCAUCAGCAGAUAGGAGUAGAGAACAUAAAGAAAAGGAUAAAAAGAUUAAAGACCGGAAGAAGAAAAAAAGAGAGAAAGAAAAAGAUAUUGAGAAGAAAAAGAAACGAGACAAAAAAGAUAAAAAGGAUAAAGAUGGUUCUAAAAAAGAAGAUGAUGAUGCAGAAAGAUCCGACUCUAAGCCAAACAUCAAAGAGGAGAAUAAUGAUGAUGGUAAUGGCCAAGUGUUUGUAAAAUCUGAAUCUGAUAUGCAAAAACUUGACAAUUCCAAUACGGAAUCGGUUAAGUGUGAGUCUCAUACAGUUCAGGAUGAUUUAUACAGUGGUGAAGCAGCUGAGGCUGUUGAUAAAGAAAUCAUACAGAAUUAUGUAAAAAGUGAAGAUAAAAAAGAAACUUCUGAAGCUAAAACUCAUGAUAGUAAUAAAGAUGAACCUUUUGAUGGGAUAGAACUUCAAGCUGCCGCAGAUGAAUUGGAAGCAGAUAUUGAAGGGUCAACUAAUAAGGAAAUGUUAGCACCCUUACCAGCUUUAUCAAAAUGGGAAGUUGAUGAUGAUAACAUUGAAAAAUCUAAGGAGCCAGGUGAGAUUACUUCUCCUGAAGAAGAAGAAGAUGGAGGUAAAGUCACAUCAGAGGUCUUAAAGCGCGCUGAAAAUGCUAUAUUUGCAAAAGCUAUUAAUUCUUUGAGACCAAUUGAAAUUAAGAAGAUCAGUAGCGAUCGCCUGAAGCUUUAUGGUGAUGAUGCUCAACAGAAAAAUUCAUUAAAUAAUAUUCAAAUUACAGUUCCUGUAGUAGACCAGGAGCAACGAUUGAUUGAUAUAAAUGACAGGAAGAAGCGAUAUUCAAAAACACCUCCACCGCGUUUAUCUGUAAAAGAAAGGCUUGGCGGAAAAGUUGAUGAUGUACGUAGAAAUAGAGAGCCUCGUCUUGUUCAAAGCACUGUAGAACGGGUUAAGUCGCGAUCUAAAACUCCAAAAAAAGAACAAAUGACCUAUCGUCGAGUAACCAUGGAAAGGGACAGAAGCAGGAAACCAGAGCAUAUAAGUAGACUUGAGUCUUCAAAAUCAGAAAGACAUAACAUUGGUGAUGGUUCUAAAAGUGACCAAAAUUAUAAUGGAAAUGAAUUUAAAAAAAGAGAUUUUUCAAAGUCUAAAGAUGAAAAGAAAAUGUAUGGUGACGAAAGAAAAGACACUAGAAAUACUGAGAAGAAUAUUGCACAAGAAGGUAAAAGUUCUCAUGAAAGAGAGAGGAAAAAGUCGAUACUAGAUGAGGCACAUUUUGAACCUGAUUAUGACGAGAAUGUGGAAUCCGAUAAUGAAGCUAAAGAAGAACCUAAAAAGCGCUCUCGUGAACCCUCACCAACUGAAGCGAUCGAUUCAAAGAAAGUUAAACUAGAUACAGAAACAAUAAAAUUAGAUCUAGCAAAUGUUAAAAAGAAACCCGAAUCUGAUAGCGAGUCUUCUAGUGAUUCUGAGUAUUCGUCUUCGUCUUCAUCGUCGGAUGCUCGUAAGAGAAAGAAGAAGAAGAAACGGAACAAGAAAAAGAAGAAACGCGCUGCCAGCGACAGUGACAGUGAAUCGGAUUCGAGUUCGGAGGAUCAUAAGAAAAAGAAAAAGAAACGUAAGCAUAAGAAAAAAUCUAGCAAAAAGAAGAAAAAGUAUAAACAUAAG